AACCCUAGCAGAAGAAGCCAUGGAGAGGGAGAUGUUGCUGACUGCAACAAAUGUUCAGGUUCACAGCUAUAUACCUCAUGAUAUUGCCUUCUCUAUUUUGUCUAAACUUUCUCUCAAAUCUUUCAAGCGAUUUCAAUCUGUAUGCAAAUCAUGGUCUCUUCUCUUUGAUGAUCCUUAUUUCAUGAAUAUCUACAGAAAAUCUUUCUUAGCAAAGGAUUCAUCUUAUUAUGAUGAUAAAUCUCUCCUCUUACAUCUCUUAGGGGAAGACUUUCACCACCAUUUGUUUUCUCUUUCCGGUGAGUGGUUUGUCAAGUUAAAGCUGCUAAAGCCGCCAUUUUAUCGGAAUCAUUUUGAAAUUUUGGGCUCAGUUAGUAUUAAUGGUGUUCUCUGUCUUCGUGUUAAAAGUAUCUAUAAUGAAGGUAAAAUAGUUAUAUUGUGGAAUCCAACUACGGAGGAAUAUAAGCAAGUUCCUUCUAGUUUAUCCGAAUCUAUAUCUAUAGGAAGGAAUGAUGGUUUUGUUGAUUAUAUAAUUGGUUAUGACCGUGUUAAAGAUGACUAUAAAGUAGUUCAAAUUAGAUAUGUUAGUGCUUGGAGGAUAUAUAGAGAAAUAUAUAGCUUAAAUAGUAACUCUUGGAAGAAACUGGACGUUGAUAUAUCUAUAUAUAAUAAUGUAAAUAGGCAUAAAAUAUACAUAGAUGGAGUGUGUCAUUGGUGGAAUAAAGACGGAAUACAAAGUUAUCUAGUGUCAUUUGACUUCAGUUGUGAAUCUGUCAUUAAAACAUUCAUGCCCUCUCAUGUAGAUGAUAAGUUGGCCGGUCUUUCUAGUUGUAUGGUAUCGAAAAAAUUGAUGAUAUUGAAUGGCUCUAUUGCUUUCAUCUCAAAUUACUUGAAGAUGUCUACGUUUCACAUUUCAAUUUUGGGUGAAGUCGGUGUAAAGGAAUCAUGGACUAAACUUUUUGUUGUUGGGCGGUUACCCUGCCUUAAGUACUUUGUUGGAGCGGGAAAGAAUGACAAGAUGUUAUUCACAAGAAAAGACAAGGAGUUAGUCUGGUUUGAUUUAAACACUGGGAUGAUUGAUAAGGUUGGUGUUAAAGCACUCUCAUCUCGUUGUAGCUUACUAUUCCAUAGAGAAAGCAUUCUUCCAAUUAGAGGAAUAUAGAAUACAUACUAUUAACUAUUAUUAAAGUUAGAAUCUUUCAAAUAAGAUAUCAUGCAUCCAUU